AUGACACAACCAAAACCUUCAGAUAAUAAUGAUAAUAAUAACACUAGUAGUGGUGAUGUUCAAAUCAAUUCUUCGAUAACACAAAAUCUUACUACAGAUUUUGAUAUAAAUGAUAAUUUAUACUUAUCAGCACCGGAAGAAGAACAAUUAUCAGAUCAAAAGUGUGACUACUUGUCUGCACAUUUUUCCGAUCAUCAUGAUUCAACGUCUCAAAUGAAAUCAAUUCAUGAACAACCACCAUCUGUUGCCUCUCCUUUGUCAUCAUCCUCACCGCUACCGACACUUGAACGUCAGCUGAGUAAACAAUGUGUAAGAGAGAGGAAAUCAGAUAUAGAUACUAAUAAAAAUGCAUCAUCACCUAUUCAUUUCGGAUCAUCAUUCAGUAGUACUACUACUAGUAGUAGUAGUAGUAGUAGUUCAUCCACAUUGGUUAAUAACAAUCAACUACAUUGUAUACCUACAAAUGUUCUACAUUCAACUACUGUGACAACAAAUGUUACAACUAUCACAUCGGUUCGACGUCCUCGUCAUAAACCUGCGGAACGACGUGAAUUAUUGGAAUUGGCUGUAAAUGAUGUAUUAGGUUCUCAAAUAUCAAUGCGACGUGCUGCACAAAAAUAUAAUUUAGCUAAAUCAUCUUUGUGUGAUUAUGUUCGUAAAAAUGGAAUUAUCUUGCCAAAUUUACGUUUUAAAUCUUAUCAAACUAUUCCCAGAUCAACAACCUCUGAUUUGAGCGGUGUAUCAAACAGAAAAGUUACUUUAUCAACAAAUACAAAUCGGCAAACUUCAGUAUCAUGUAAACGCAGCGGUUCACCAAUAACAGCUGAUGAUAAUUGUAUAUCAUCUAUACGACCUUUACCAACAAAAUUAUCCUGUGGUGUUACUCGUAAAGUGAAUAUUACUGGAGCAAAAAACAUCGAUAAUAAUAAUAAUAAUAAUAAACAGCACUCGAAAAUAUCUACACGGCCAAUAAUUCAAAUGAACAAUUUAUCCAGUGGACUGGAUAAUGACAUAGCUGUUUCAUUAGUUAGUAGUACUUGUGACUUAAAUUGUAUACGUCCACUUUUAUCAUCUGACAGGACUGGUAUUGAUUCUUGUCCAAGUGAAAUUUGUUUGCCGAAUCAACAUGAGAAGACAAGUAAUCAAAGCAAUAUGUUUAAUAUGUCCAAUCUAACUAAAUGUUUCACUAAUGUUAUCUCUUGUAAAUCAAGUCGUGUUGAAAGUCCUUGGUAUAAUGCUGCUGGAUUGCCUACUCAAGUGCCUAUGCGUUCAUGGACAGGUGGUACUACUACUAAUCUAUUCAGUGGAUCAUUACAAAAUACCAAUCAACUACAACAACAAGAGCAACAAAUAAAAACACUAAGAAGUACACCAUCAUUGGUUGCAUCCAACAAUUCACCACUAUUCAACAACAGCAACAGUCAUCAUCAUUUAUCAUUCGAUAAUAAUGUAGACGAUUCUUCAAGUAAUAAUCAUUGGAGUUUUAAUAAAAUCAAAACAAAUCAUUCAUCUUCCCAAUUGAUAAAUGCCCCAUUUUCGCUAGCAAAUAAUUACUUGAAAGCUUUAACUGAACAUUCAAGUGAUUCACAUUCAUCAAACUAUUCAUCAUUACCUAGUGAAAUUAAAACACUUGAUGAUGAUGAAUUAAGUAGUCGAAAAAAUUUUUUAUUAUCUGGUAAUUGUUGCUGUUCAACUAAUUCAUCAAAUAGUUUAAAUAUUGGUACAAAUUUUCCAAUUGAUUCUCCUAUUUCUCAAUUAUCAUUGGAUUAUGAUCGUCGUAUUAGUUUAAACGAAGAAUCUACCAGACCGUGGAUUUUUAAUCAUUCACAUCGAACUAUUAACGGUUUAUCAGAUACGGAACAGUCAAGAUCAAUUCUUGACAGUACACAAUCACUUCGUAGUACAUACGAAUCAUCCUCGUCUACAGGUGUGUCAUAUUCACCGCCCACCAGUAGUGUUCCUUUAGAUUCAUUAUCUAGUUCAAGAUAUUUAACUACUCCAUUUAAUUUGCCUUUAUCGAAUUGUCAAAUUUUUCCAGACGACAUUGUGAAACUCCCUUCCAGAACUACUAUUAACCAAUCUAGUUCAGAUAAUUUUGAUCCUAUUGGUUUACACUCUGAAUCCGAGUGUAAUAACAAUAAUACUGAUAGCGUUACUACAGAUCAUUUUGUAUCGAAUUUUUCUUCCUCUACGACUACUACUACCACUACUACUACUACUUCUACUACUACACCAUCUACAUUGUGUUCAUUUCUUGGCCUUAAUUCUAUCAAUCAUAUUAAUUCGCAUUUUUGUCAACCUUCGGCUUCAGUAUUUCAAUCCAAUUUAUUACCUGUUAAUCAAGCCGCUGUAGCUGCCUUACUAUUGCAAUACUCACGAGCUGCAGCAGCUGCCUAUUCCACAACUCAAACACUACCUAUCAAUUCGUCUACUAUUCCAAAUUAUACACAUUGUCCUGUGAUUACUUCACCGCAAACCUCUUCACAACUUCAUCAACCUCAACAACAUCAUCCAAUUGAUAUUUUACAAAAUUCACCUGAUUAUUCAAAUCAACUACCGAAAUCAUUUACACCAACCAGCCAAUCUAUCCCGUCAAUAGCAGCGGCAGCAGCAGCUCAUUUACCUUUUUCAUCAAAAAAUCAUCAUUACAUUAAUUCGGAACUUGUAAAUUCAUUGAAUUUUUGUGAUCAACAAAUUAAUUUAUUAAAACAACUACCAAAAUAUCUUAUUGAAUCUAUUACUGGAACAACAGCAGCCACAGCCGCCGCCGCAACAGCUGCAUCAUCAUCAGCGUCGGCAUCGCCACCACCGCCUCCACCACUGUCACAAUCACUGCUGCCACCAACGGAACUAGUGAUCCCACCGUAUUUAACAAAUCAAUCUGCUGCUUAUUCGUUGCGACAAUUAGCAACUACUUUAUUCUGGAGUUCACUUAGUUCUAAAGCUAUUGACUUACUGUCAACAUUUGGACCGAAUCUAUUACAACAACACUAUCAACAGCAGCAACAACAACAACAGCAACAGCGGACAAAUUCGUUCAAUUUUUUUAAUUAUCCAUUUAUUCCUACUAAUUCUACUGUUACAUCUACUGCCACUGCCACAUUGACGUCGACAUCAACGCCGACGCCGACGACGCCGACAACCACAACAACUACGACAACGACAGCAACAGCAACUGUAACUCCAACGUCAAUUCCUGUAACAAAAACUGAAUUGACCAAUUUCCCAGUAAAUCUUAUCAAUACAAAUACAAACAAUACUGAUCAAUUGGUGAAUUGUCAUCGAAAUACUACAGAAUCUAUUCGACUUGUGAUUGAUCAAUCUAUUUCAUCAUCAUUAUCACCAGUAGUUAAUAAUUUUGAUUUAUUAAAAAAUCAUUUAUUUCCAAUGUAUUCAUCACAUGCUAACAUGUCACAUCAUGUACAAGGUUUGAUUAAUUUUAUUAAUAAAUCACCAACACCAUUUCAUGCUGUUCAAUCAGUCAAAAACAUUUUGGAUAAUCAUGGUUUUCGUGAAUUACUUGAAGAAGAUACUUGGAGUUUACGACCUUUAGACAAAGUAUAUAUAACAAAAAAUGAAUCAACAAUCAUUGCAGCCGCCGUCGGUGGUCGAUUUCAAUCGGGCAAUGGUUUCACUUUACUUGGAGCUCAUACAGACAGUCCAUGUUUACGUUUAAAACCAAAUUCGGAACGUUUAAAAGAAGGUUAUAUACAAUUGGGUGUGGAAACUUACGGUGGUGGUCUUUGGUAUACAUGGUUUGAUAGAGAUUUAAAGUUGGCUGGUCGUGUUAUUAUUCGUAAUGCUGAGGGGUGUUUAGAACAACGUUUAGUGCAUAUCAAUAGCCCCAUAGCUUGUGUACCCAGUUUAGCAAUACAUCUUAAUCAAGAAGUGAAAACUCAAGGUUUUCAUCCAAACUCUGAACGACAUCUAUCACCGAUCUUGUGUACUAGUUUAAUGGAACAACUUCAUAAUCCAUCCAUUCCAAAUGUCAAUACUGCUACUAGUACUAAUACUACUACUAAUACUACUGUUAAUACUACUACUAAUACCACUACUACUGGCUGUGUAAAUGAUUCCACUAAUCCAUGCUUUAAUCAUAAUAAUGGAUGUCCUAUAUCAUUGUCAACUACACAUCGUCAUCCGCCUGGUUUAUUACGUUUAUUAAGUGAAGAGAUUGGUGUUAGUCAAGAACAGAUUAUUGAAUUAGAAUUGUGUUUUGCCGAUGCACAACCAGCGACUAUUGGUGGUUUAUACAAAGAAUUUAUACAUGCACCACGAUUGGAUAAUUUAUUCAAUUCAUACGCCGGUUUACAUGGUUUCAUUGAAUCGUUGCCAAAUUUACCAGCGGAAUCUAAUCUACGCUUACUAUGUUUAUAUGAUCAUGAAGAAGUUGGCUCAACAUCAACACAUGGUGCAAAUUCAAGUUAUACAUUGUCAAUUAUCCGACGUCUUAAUAAAGCAUUCAAUGAAAUGAUGAUGAGUAGUAGUAGUAGUAGUGAUUCACCGGAAUUAUUGACGACAGCCUUGAACACCACGACGACCACCACCAGUAACGAUCAUUCAUCAUGUGUAAAAUGUCAUUUAGAUUUAAAUUUUGAAAAAUCCUUAGCUAAAUCAUUUCUAUUAUCAGCUGAUCAAGCGCACGCUAUUCAUCCAGCAUGGAAUGAACGUUAUGAAUGUUAUCAUAAACCACAAUUACAUCAUGGUCUUGUAUUAAAAUAUAAUGUGACACAACGUUAUGCAACGAAUGGUAUUACAGCGGCGGUGGUUCGUCAAAUUGCUCAAUUGUCUAAUGUUCCUGUGCAGGAAUUUGUUGUAAGACAAGAUAUGCAUUGUGGUUCCACUAUAGGACCAUUAUUAUCAUCUCAAUUAGGUGUACCUACAGUGGAUGUAGGAUUUCCUCAGCUAGCUAUGCAUUCAUGUAGAGAAUUAUGCUGUUCAUCAAGUGUUGAACAAGCUGUACGUUUUUAUGCAUCCUAUUAUGAACAUUUAUCAAAAAUUUGGUAUAAUCCAUCAUCAUUAUCGUCUUGUAAUCGAUUGAAACAAUCACAGCAACAGCAACAUCAACAACCUCAACAACAUCAACACCAAGAAAUUCCUAUGGAUAGUUAAUAAUUGAUGAUGAUGAUGAUGAUGAUGAAGUGAAUUGAGCUGCUAUUUUUUCUUAAAAAAAAAAAUAAGCAAACAGAACCUAAGAGAUGUUUGUCUUUACUUGUCUUUGCAAAUAAAAAUCCAUUUCUUUCUCUUUUAAAAAAUAAACGCACAGCUAUAUAUCAAUUCAUAUGUCUAACUAUACUUAUCGUCCUUUUUUUUUUAUACAAACUGUCUGUCUUUUUUUCUUUUUUGUUGAUAAAUUGAAAAAAAAGAUUUUUUUAAUAUUUUGUCUUGGUUUUUCUCAUCUUUCUUUUUUUUGUCACCUUUAUUCCUACUACCUACAAGUUGUAAUUUUUUUUUUUUUGGGGGGGGGGUCAUCUUGUUUAUACUGUGUACUUGUUUAUUAAGCUUCUCGAUGGUUUGAUAUAGAGUUUUCAUUUUUCACUGGGUAUUAUUUCUUUUUAUCGCAUUCAUUCAAACUUUAUGAAGGUUAAUUGAAAUAGACCUUGAAUAAUGACUUAUUUACUUACAUACAUGUUUUAAUGUGUGCAGUAUGGCGACAUCUGAUAUGACACACAUACGAAAUGGCUCCUUUUUUUGAGAAUGCAAUAGGCGAAUAAUAUAUAUAUAUAUACAUGAAUACUCACUCAUUUAUAUGUGUACACAUUCACUCAUUCAUUCAUUCAUUGCCCUUAGGAAAUAAAUCCAUUUAUUGACCAAUCAUAUGCAUUCGUCCAUUCGGACAUUUCCAAUUGGUCGCCGAGUGACCUUGCCAUUCCACUACUUCUGAUUGGCCUUUCUAUACAUGACUAAAAUUUGUUUUACGUAUUGUCUGUUUUUUCUUGUUUGUUUUUUAUCGUUCUCAUUUAAGAGUUUUCAAUUUGUUAAUUCACUACUAACUGGUAUGGAUAUAUAUAUGCAUGCACACAAGAUAUUGACAUUUACUUUGAGAAAAAAUUUUCCCAAAUAUGUAUUUUUUUGUUUUAAAAUAACAAAUUUGGAACAUUGUGUUCAAUAAUAGUUCAUCAUUUCAAUUGUCUUCAUUUAUCUGUAUUGAAUAUUAUUUAUUUGCUUGCUAGGUUCAACAUUCUGUGUACA